GCGUCGAGGUCAGCGACUCUCUCGCCUGCAGGAACUCCAGCCUUGCGUUUGCUUGCAGGUGGCGCGGACGUGAAGACGGAGAGCCCGUUGGACGGAACUUCCCACUGCCGAGGUGGCGACUCGGAAAGCGACGUCCAGGGCGUGGCUGCGGACGAGGCCCAGCAGCUCCUCAUCGCCGAGACCUUCUCGCUGGCAGUGCCGGCUGGCGACGCAGUCCCGGUGGAGCAGGCCUCGCGCAGGGAGGCAGGCAGGAAGGCGCGCCGCGGCUUCAAGUGUGGAGAGUGCGGCGAGUGUUUUGGUGCGGAGGCGGCAUUGAGGCGGCAUCUGGCGAGGCACGCCAAGGGCGGGCCGCACUCGUGCGGGCUGUGCGGCAAGGGGUUCACUAGUGCAAAGGAUCUUGUCCGGCACGAGAGGACCCACACCGGGGAGAAGCCCUACCAGUGUGAAGAGUGCGGAAAGAAGUUCUCUCGGUCAAGUCACCUUCAAGUUCACAGGAGAAUCCACACCGGGGAGAAGCCUUACCAGUGUGAAGACUGCGGGAAGAAGUUCUUUCAGUCACAUCAUCUUCAAGUUCACAGAAGGAUCCACACCGGGGAAAAACCGUACCAGUGUGAAGAGUGCGACAAGAAGUUCUCUACGUCGGGUCAUCUUCAAGUUCACAGACGGAUCCACACCGGGGACAAGCCGUACCAGUGUGGCGAGUGCGGAAAGAAGUUCUCCAGAGCAGAUAAACUUCAAAGUCACAAGAAACUUCACACGGCGUAGUAGCCCAUCCAACACAAGGAGUGCGUCAAAACAAUCGCAUCCGGGUUGCCUCAAGAACGUUAAUUAUGUUCACACAACCAUUUUGGCAAACAUUACCCAACCUGAUAUUCGUGCGAUCGAGACGACCGUGUUGUCAUUUUUGUUAAGUUGUCUGUUUUUCUUGAGACCCUUCGCGCUACGCCGGCCUUACUUGUGUUCCAUCGCCGUCCUUGCUGUCUUUUGGGUAUCCUCUAUGCCUUCUUGUUUCUUACUUGAAGCGCUCUUAUUUUGUAACCUACAGGUGCUGUGCCUUAAAGUUUUGUUAUAGUUGCGCGCGAAUCGAUCCUGAAUGCCGUUUAGGCAGGGCGAAAUGCAGUUACUCGUUUUGUUUAUAAUGCGGUGCACACAGAAUCUUGAACGUCAGGUUGGCCUUUUUGAUGGUCUAUGUUUUUCUUAAAUUGUACUUCACUUAAGUUUUGUACGUAAUGCAAAUAAAGUCUCUUAUAUCGUCCUCAUUUAUCAUCUUCUGCAUAAAAGGCGUGAACAAAAGCCAAGCCUGGAAUGCACUUUAAAACUGUCAGCCACCAUGUACACUGCCAAUUGCUAAUGCCACCACUUGCAGUGAGCAGGAUACUCGAUGGUUGACACAGCAUGAACACCUCUGUUUUCUUACGUAUGAAAGCGUAUCAGAAGCGUUCCUCGCUUGUUUUUAGUUUUCGCUGCACGCUGGUGGCUGAUCGA